AUGAUUAGAUUUGGGAAAGUGAUAGAGGCGAUAGCAGGGAGAUCGCAUCUAAGAAGUUUAAAUCACUCAUUAAAAGAAGGAUUUAGAUGGAGCAUUAAUGGGUUUUGGCUUUUUUGUCUAAAUAUAAAAUGUUCAAACUCAUUAAUAUGUAAAAGAAUAUUGGGGAAUGGCCUCACUUUUAAUGAAAAGCAAUUGGUAAAGACAACUAUUAAGGACACCAUUAAAAUUCUUCCACUCUCCUUUUUUAUUAUCAUUCCCUUUGCAGAGUUUGGACUCCCUUUUGCAAUAAAAUUAUUUCCAAACAUGCUCCCUUCAACUUUCACACUUAAAAAUAUAAAAGAAAAGGACAAUAAUUCGCUUGACAAAAAAAAAAAUGAACUUUUGAGGUUCCGUUCACUUAUCCAGAAUGUUAUUUCAAAUUUAAAAAAAUCGGAUGAUUCUAGUAUUAGUUCGGGGUUAAAUAGUUUAGAGAAAAUUCAAAGGCAAUUAUUGGAAAGUAAAGAAUUUGAUCAAAGAGAACUGCGUGAAAUAAUUUCCGGGCCUAUUAAAGAUAGGUUAGAGCUAGAAAAUUUAAAUAUAGAGACACUUCAGUCAAUUUCAAGAAUAAUGGGCAUACCUUCUAUAAAAAACAAAUUCUUUUUAAUGUUCAUGAUAAGGCAUAAAAUGUUGAAACUCAAAAACGAAGAUAAAGAUAUUCUUUGGGAUGGAAUAGAUCAAAUUAACAAACAGCAGCUAGAAAAAGUGCUGGUUUCAAGGUUUAUAGAUAGUAAAAGAAAAGAAAAUGGCAUUGAAGAAUACAAAGAAUCGUUAAUGAGUUGGAUUAAAUUAUCUUCAAUGAGUCAAUUACCAUUAUCUUUAAUUCUAUGGAUUCAAGCAACAAGAUUAACUAGUAAAGAUAUCGAUAAAUUAUCAACCUUGUAG